UAAUUAACUUACACGCUUUAAAUUCAUUUUAAUAAAGUGAGUGGUAGCUGCCGACUCUGACUGAAUUCAUACACAACAGAUUUAACUCACUCAUCAUACUUAAGUUGUUAACGGAGUUAAGUUGAUUUAAAAGUUUAAACUUACACUUUAUUACUGACGACAACAAAUUCAAACACCGCAUACAGCUGAUUGAAUUCGUUUAAUUUUUUUGACAAAUCUUUUAAGUUAAAAGCUUUUCUACUUUUUGGAAUAUUUAUUAAAAAAUUUUGUUUUAAAAAAAAAUGGAAGCAUCCUGUGUUCGUUUUAUGGCUUCACCGCUCAGUGAUAAAGUAGCAUUAUUCAAUAUGCAAGCAAAAAGAAAUAUAGAAAAUCAAGCAUUAAAUCCAUUUUCACAAGAUAAAUCAGCCAAAGCAUUGGAUCGGCCGAAAUUUUCAAAAGAAGAAUAUGGACGUCCAGCCAAAGGAUCACUAUCUGAAAAACGGGGAGUAAAAGCAACAAUUCACGUUUGCAAAGAAAUGUUGGAAUUAUGCCAAAUUAUUGAUGAAUAUGGUGCUCAAUUUAAUGAAGACGGCACCCAAAAAAUUAUUUAUUUUGGCGAAUUAUUCAACAUUUACACCGUCAUAUCAGAUAAAUUAGUUGGAAUGUUACUUCGUGCCCGUAAACAUAAGCUUGUUGAUUUUGAAGGUGAAGUUUUAUUCCAAAGGCGUGAUGACAAUGUUCCAAUUGUCCUUUUAAAACCAAUCAAGGAGAUCAGAGAAAUGUUUAAUAAGAAAAUAGAAGAGGCCAGAGCUUUAGGAGAAUCAUAACUAAUCACUAUAUUUAAGAAAAAUUUAUUUUUUUAUACAAAAUUAUUUAAAGACACUAACAGUCCAGAAGAAGUGCGGGAAGAAGUAAGCAAAUGUAUUGAGAGCUCUGUAUAUAUCAGUAUUUUAUACAAUUUUUAUCUACAUACAAAAAUUUCUUCGGAGCUUCUUUCAUUGUUAGUUAGGCAGAAUCGAAUAUGAUAAAUUCGAUUAAAACAAUAAGAAUUUCUUUAAACUUUAGUCCCUUAACCUGAUUAUUUACAGUAUUAUGUAAAAUACUAAUGACACAAAUUAAUAGUUUCAAUAAAGGAAAAAUUCACCCGACUUAAAAAAAAUUAUAAACCUGGAUAAUUAACUACUUAGUAAAUUUUAUUUUGCAUAGAAGACAAACUUUAGAAUUUUGACUGAUUAUCAAAUAAUUUAUUUAGAAUAUUAACUUUUUUGUAUUUUUUUUUUUCGUGUCUAGUCAAAAUAUAGAGAAUUUCUGCAUCAAAAGUAUUAACUCCAUUUUUUUUAUACUCAUCUAAAAAAUUCAUAAUUGUGGGUAAGCUGCAAUUUCAAUCAUUUUUAAUUCUAGUUUUAAUAUGCAAUUGUACUUAAUUCUAUGAAUAUAGUUUUUUUUUUUUAAUAUGACUCAAUAAAAUUUUUCAUAAU